CAUAUCACUUUCAACAUGUCUGCGGCCAAGUCAUCACUAUUUUGUUUGGCUUUACCAUAUUUUUGCUUUGUUCUUGUUUUAUGCGAUAAAUAUGUACCGGUUCGAGUGGAAAUUGAAACAAAUGAAGGAGGAGUACCACCCAAAAUGUUCACGGCUGACGAAUUAGCCAAAUACGACGCAUCAGACCCAGAAUUGCCAAUCUACCUAGCUCUUAAAGGGGUUGUGUUUGAUGUGACAUCUGGAAAAAGGUUUUACGGGAAGGAGUCGGACUACAACAUUUUGGUUGGGAAAGAUGCCAGCAAGGCUCAUGCUCUUUGGUCACUAGAAGAGAAGGAUCUCACUCAUGAUCUGACUGGUUUGACGGACAAGCAGCUUGAAGGUCUGGACGAGGUUUAUGAGAAGACUUACAAGCCGAAAUACCCGGUAGUCGGCUACAUGGACUACCUGAUCAAGCAGCAGGAGGAUGAUAUACAGAAACGAUUCAAAAAUGAGUUGUAGCAUCCUAGUGUAUCAGGGUGAUCAUCAUGGUUGUGUUCUUUAGGAACCAUUUUCUCGAAAUAUUUUAAGCAUAAAAAUCUUUUUUUUUAAGGUUGAUUUCACAAAAUAGAAAUAAGUUUAUCAUGAAUUGAUUAUCAUAAAGAUAAUUUUCUUUAAAAACAUCAGAACUCUUCUCAAAUCUGGAAUAUUACACAAUUUACACAAGCACUAAAAAACAGCAUUAAGCUUUUUCCUUCUAUAGUGACUUAAGAUUGUUUGAGAACAUGAUGCUCAUACUUUUUGUCUUCCAUUUUUUUACUCUUAAUACAUAUCGACAGGCAUACCACUCUAGUUACCUACUUCUUUCAUAUAAAUUUUUGACUUGUCUGUUUUUCACAAAAGCACACCUAGGUAUUGUUAUGGCGUUGUUAUUGCCUGAAGCGAACAUCUUUAUAAUUCAUUUGUAAUAUUAACUUUUAAACUAUCAAAGCUAUUAAUUUGUACUUUGGUACACUUGUUUACAAUAAAUUUCAGCGACAGUAUGGACAUGUGUGACGACUAGUUGCUCUCUCAUUCUGGCAUUAAUAUAUGUUAUGGUCCUUUUUCAUAUUGAAAAAUCUGACAAGCCUUGGCAUCUGUUUGGGGUGCUUAUAUAUAUUUGUUGUUGUAGUAAAUGUGAAAAGAUAUAUGUCAGCUUUUGUCAGAUAUAUUCAUUUUUACUUAAUCAAAUAAAAAGUUUAUUAAAAAAGCCGAACCUACAUUUUUUGCUAUUUCAGGAUUUUCAUCUUUCUAUUAACAUAUUUUAGUUUGCCGCCUUUUCUGAAAACACCGGACUUAACAGCCAAUAGAAAUUGAGUUUACUGGUCAGAAGAAGUUGCAGAAAAACCCGAACCUACAUGUCAUUGUAUAUGACAUUUUAUAUUGUUUUUUGUAUCUCCUGAAAAAGUACAAAAAUGUAAGUUCGGCAUUUUUAAAUGGUGCCAUCGAUAUUUUAAUCAAAACAAAUGUAUGCAGUAGUCUUAGCAACUAGUUUACAAUUUUUUGAUACAUUGAUUUUGUGCCAUGUUAAAUUUUUAUGUGGGAAAGGCUGUGAAUUUCCAGAAAGUAGCCAGCUUGCAAAGCUUGCCAUAUCUGUCUUGCAUAAUGAGUCCUUGACUGGCUGGCCAGUGUCACAUGGCACCAGCUGGGUCAGUAUCCGUACAGCAGCUUAAGAUAGUUGACCCAUACUAGCUAUCUUUCUGCCGAUUCCAUUUAGUUCCGUUAACCAUCAUGUUAAAUGUGGAUGCCUGGUGGCCCUAGUUGGUCUUUAUAGUAUAUCAUAAAUGUCUGCUUGCUGAUGACUAAUUUGUAAAAUACAGUAACCAAAACUACAUUAUACCAUUAGAUAGAGAAAUUACAUUUUGUCAUUUUGUUCUUUAUUCCAACUGAAGUGGUAUGUGCUAUUUUGUAAUCAUUCAAAGCAAAAUAGAAUUAUAUGUAGUAUCAUUUCCAGUAAAAUGUUAAUGUAUUUUUCUCUACAUAUAAUGCCCUUCAAAACCAGAAUGAUUUGGGCCAGCCGGCAUUCACACUUUCAGUAGUUUGUGUAUCGGAUCCCUUAAAUUCAUUACCAAGAGGGAAUGUGCUAAAUUAAAAAAAAUACUCAUUGAUGUUUAACUGUACAAUUUUUAUUCCACUGAAGCAAUGCCAAAAUGAUGAGAGUGUUGAACAGUUUUUUAAAAAAUGUAUUCACAAAACGAGCGUUUUUAUUAUUACAAUGUUACUGUACGACAGGACUUCUUGUCAGCUGUUUUCAGUCUUUAACAGAGUAUAAUUUCAUUUUGAAUACAAGAGAAACCUGAUUAAAAAUGUAAAAAAGUCUAGCAAUAACUGUUUAAAAUGGCAAUUGUUGUAAAAUAAUGUAUCUUUAGUUUAAAUUUUAUAAGAUGAUUUAAAUAAUUGUCCGCUUGUUUCAUGAAAGAUAUUCUUUUCAUUCCAGGUUUUUUAAGAUUAUAGUAAUAUGUUUGUAUGUUUAACAUAUACAUUUUUAUCUAUGCAAUAACAAGAUUUAUUAUGGAAGUAAUAAAGGUUUAUAAUUGUUUA